GUGUGUGUGUGUGUGUGCAUGAUGUGAAUGAGGACAGCAGCAAGCCCUGAGCAAAGCAGCCAACGAGUGCCACUAAAACUCAAUAAUGAAAGGUAAACUCCUUAGCCGCCAAAAUUACUGACGUCCCUCCACGAUUGUAAACAAGGCUUCUGGCUGUUUUUAGAUGUCCCAUGUGACGUGCACAUUUCCCCGUAACCACGUCCACUGUAAUCCUCUUUAUUGUUGAAUGGAGCUGAUGCAGGACGCCAGGACCCUGCCGGCUUGCACACAGAACAUGUGCACAUAUAUGAAACAGAGCUUUUAGGCUCCAGCCCUUCGUAUGCAUGCUCAUGUCCAAAGCAACUGGUUUCCCGUCUCCACCCUAAGCACCUUCUUGUUGGUGUCCGUAGCACAGCACCACUGUCAAAUCACUUUCACAGAGGACACACAUGUUGCAAACAAAACACCAUGUUCAUGUGAGAUGCAGAGUCAUUUUUAAUGUCCUUUCAAUAUUUCCAAAAGGAUGUGAACCCAAGAUGAGUCACAAACUAUAAGACUCAGACAAAAGACCUCCUGGUUGAUCAUUUCUCAAACGUAUCCCCACCUAUGAGCUUUUACACCCACUCACCAAUCUCGCACCCUUUUCCGAUCUCACCCCAGAGUGAGACAUUCCACACAAGGACCCAGAAAAUGGACAAUGGACCAUGAACUUUCUCUCAUUGCUUUGAAUUGCUGUAUAGAGUGAUAGAUAUAUGGGCCGAUGGAUAAUUGGACGGGACUUUUGAUGUGUCGGUUUCUCUCUUUACAGCCACACCACCCCGGUGACGUGCAUUCUUCCCUCCCUCUCUCUCCCUCUCUCUCUCCCCCCUCCCCCUCUCUCUCGCUUUGUCACAUUGUCAUAGAAUACGGGGGCAAGAUGUAAUGCUGUUCACGACCCAAUGUGCUGCUGCGUCUUGUCCUUCCUCAGUCCCUCCUUUCCUCAAAUGUUAGGUGCAGUGGAUCGAUAAUCCCGUCAGGUCAGAGAGGCCGUCGGUCACAUCUGUCCGACACGUAUCGACGCUUUGCUGGAAGAAGAAAAAAAACAGAAGGAGCAAAGGUUUGGAGACGCGGGGGUUCCGGCGUGUCCUUCCUCUGCGCCCUGUACGCACAAGGAAGAGAGAGACCUUGUUUCAUUGCGCACCGGAGAUCUUCGUUGAACUUCACGAACCUCUGGCGGACCGGAUCAGAUAUCGGUCCAGUCGGUGCUUUACCCUGCAAGUAGCGAGACAGUUUGGAUUUAUCCGCCAAAAAAAGUGGAAUUUGGGUAUUGUGCUGUUUCAUCCGGACCCUAAUCUGCGCUGACACGUGGAAUCGGAUGCGUUCCGUUUAAUAUCAGCUCUGUUCAUAAUAAUCCAAUUUAGAAACUCGUCGUCUGCGGUCGUAGGUUUGAGGCUGUAAAGUCACCGCUCUUCCUCAGCUCGUCCUCCGCGGGGCUGGAGGGGAAAGAGCCGGCGCGCUGAGGGAUGCGGAGCCGGGACCUUGUUUUGUUUUUCAGCUCACCUGCGGAACUCUUCGCAGCGCAAACCAAAGUAUCCCUGCUGAUUCUUCUUGAUCGGUGCAUCAGAGAUAGGACACACACCCAGACUGAACAGACGCGGGGUUAGUUGGCUACAUAACCUCCCCCUGCCGACCGAGGCAGCCGGUGAACCCGCGGGGCGCCAUGCUGAGGCAGAUGCUCCUCAACUCCACCGACACCUCAGACUUCCACCUGGCACUCGUGGCCCAGUCCUCCACGCACGCCCCCUCCUCCAUGAACGCCUCCCACGGCGGUUCGGUGAGCGUCGCCGCUCUCCUGAGACCCACCGCGGGGCGAGGGGGAGGGGGCCUCCGGGAGGGCGAGCUCCACAAGCCGGACCUGACCACCUACAUAGUGAUGUGCCUGCUGCUCUUCCUGUUGGUGCUGCUCAUCGUGUUCUUCAUCAACUGCCAGCUGCGGAACUCUUUCUUCGCCUCCAUGCCAUAUGACAGGUCGUUGAGAGAGGCCCGGAGCUCCUACAAGUGAGACCCCCCCCCAACCAACCCAGGCCAAUCUCUGUGACCUUUAGAGAGACUCCUGUGCGGGGGUUGAAGGACUGACUGGUCUCCUUGAACUGCUGCUGCUGGAAUCAUGUGGUUUGCCUUUAAUAGUUGUCUUGGACACAUUGAUUAGGCAGUGCCUCGGUGAGUGAAAUGUUGCACACAUCUUCCACGUCGGGGCCUGUACACCCUCCGAGAUAUAUGGCUCUUCGGACCAUGGGGGGCAUUUGGGAAGCUGAAUAGCUCCAGAUGGCAACAUAACAUUAGACUAUAACUCCUGCUCAAUUUAGGGCGCCUAUUUUGGGUGAUUAAUGAAUACAAUGUGAAACAAUCCAUCACGCCCUGUAAACAACUCAUCAUCCCCGUAUUGCACUUUGGAAAGAAAUGAUAUAUAUCCCUUUACAGCAUAUUCGCAAACUUGUGUUGAUUCAUCUCCCUGAAUUGGAGUCUAAAUUUGCUGUAUUUCUCACUGGCCCAGACAGGUUUCAGCUUCUUCUUUUUGUUCACGUAAACGUGGCGUACUGCAACAGAGAGCGUAUACAGUAGGUGGCGUAUAUUCAACAUUUUCUAUGACUGUAACUUAACCGUCUUGUCUCGUGAAAUGAAACAAUCAACGCACAACGCCCUUUUGUCCAUGUAAAAUGCUGAUUCAAUUACAGACUGUUUCUAUAAUGUCACAUAAAGAUAUUUAAAUGUA